AUGAAUUUUGAAUUUGAGAGGGAGAUUGGGUUUAUAAACAGCCAGCCAUCGCUCGCCGAGUGUCUGACUUCCUUCCCCGCUGUCUUGGAGACAUUUCAAACUUCAUCAAUCAAGGAGUCGACAUUAAUUCCUCCUCCUCCUCUGGAGCAAACCUUCCCCAGCCUCCAGCCCGGCGCCUCCACCCUUCAGAGACCCGGGAGCCAAAAGCAAGCUGAAGAUGGGCCUGCUCUGCGGCCACCGCCGCCAGUCCCCGCCGCCCCCCCAGCCCCCGAGUUCCCCUGGAUGAAAGAGAAGAAAUCCGCUAAGAAACCCAGCCAAACAGCCGCUUCUCCUUCUCCAGUCGCUUCCUCGGUUCGGGCCUCCGGGGUCGGAUCACCUUCAGAUGGCCCGGGACUGCCGGAGAGCGGCGGCGGCGGCGGCUCGCGCAGGCUGCGCACGGCCUACACCAACACGCAACUGCUGGAGCUGGAGAAGGAGUUCCACUUCAACAAGUAUUUGUGCCGGCCGCGACGCGUGGAGAUCGCUGCCUUGCUGGACCUCACCGAAAGGCAGGUCAAAGUAUGGUUCCAGAACCGACGCAUGAAACACAAGCGGCAGACGCAGCAUCGGGAACCGCCGGAUGGGGAGCCAGGCGGGCCGAGCGCCCCGGACGACUCGGGAGACCCAGCCGAGGAACCCGUAGUGAGCCCUGGUGGCGCCUCUGCCUCUCACCGGCUGCGAGAAGCUUGUUUCCUCCCGGCCGAGGCUGCGCAGGGUCCCCGGGACGCGCCGCUGCCCGCGCCUCCUGCCACUUCCCUGGAGAGUGUGGGCGCGCUGAACCCCGGCUGCACGAUGCUCAGAGCCCCAGGCCUGCAGCCAGAGCCCCUGCCUGAAGAUACCUGCCCUGAGCUGCCGGAUUCGCCUUUCCUGCCCGACCUCAACUUCUUCGCAGCAGACUCUUGUCUCCCAAUGUCUGGAGGCCUUUCUCCCAGCCUGCAGGGCUCGCUGGACAGCCCGGUCCCUUUUUCCGAGGAAGAGCUGGAAUUUUUCACCAGCACCCUCUGUGCCAUCGACUUGCAAUUUCCCUAACUUUUUUCUUUUUUUGAUCCUUUCUACCUGGUCCUCUUUGGCUAUUGGGGAAAAAAAAUUCGAGCCUUCUCCACCUCUAGUUAUAUGUAUGUGUUUUGCUAAAAUUCAGGUAUUAAUGAAUUAGCGCUUAAUCCACUCCCUUUCACUUUUUAAAAACCAUACAGAAAAAAAUCCAUUUGGUAAAACUCCUUCCAACGAAAUCUCAGGAAUAAUUAAACUCUAGUGGGGGAGGGUUUUCUUAAAAAGAACUAGAGGGACCUAUUUUCCUCUUUUUUAAG